AUGUCUUCCACCACCUUCGUCGGCAACAAGCCUGUGGACGAGAUCCCUUCGCAGGCCACACAACAGCUCUCAAACGAAGAGCUCACGAGGCAGGAGGUACAGAGGCUGAAGGAAGGUGCUUCUGAACCCGGCGCGAACAAGAGGGCUGGUGUGGCGUCGAGAGAUCCAGCAGAGUUCGACUCCCAAACGCGCUCAUCGAAUGCACACGGCGAUACUAAGCCAGUCCAAGACCCUGUCCUCUAA